CGUCCUCCUCCCAUUCAAUCUCUCUCUCUCGCUCUCUGCAGUGUUGCUCGACGAAGAUUUCAAUUUCAAUUUCGAUUUCGAUUUCGAUUUCGAUUUCGAUUUCGAAGGGUUCCUCUCUUCUCUUCUACUCGAAGGGUUUCUGUUUGAUAUCUCGCUCUCAAUUUAUACAUAGAUGCUCUGCUUUCGUUCGUGAAGGGCGAACCUUUAGCUGCAGGGUCUGUCUGUCUUCUUGUUUAUUGUUUCCGUACUAGGUGAAUUUUCGUUGUUUGCUUUUCGUGUUUUGCGUUUUUCGUUGUUUUUGUGUUUGUCUGUCAUGGGUGCAGAAUCAUCAUCGGGUGAUCCUUCGUUGAACGAAGCCAGGCGGCCUCGCUGCCGAUGCCCACUUCAAGACCACCGCCUUCUCCCCAGAAGAAGAAACCCCCGGUCCGGGAACCCAGAGAACUUGGACAGAUUCAUCCCGAAUCGGUCGGCGAUGGACUUCGCUUAUGCGCAUUACAUGCUGACUGAAGGGUGCAAGGAGGGGGAGGAGAACCCUGCGGGACGCACUGUAUCGAGUGAGGCAUACAGGAAGCGACUUGCCGAGGCCUGCAACAUGAAUAGGACCCGAAUUCUGGAGUUUAAGAAUAAGUCCCCUACCCCCGUCAAGCCGAUUCCAUGUGAGUUCACUUCCCCUCUGCCGCCCUCGAAGCCCCGCCGUUUCAUUCCUAAGAGUUGGGAGAGGAAACUGGAUGCUCCGGACCUCGUGGACGACUACCAUCUCAACCUAUUGGAUUGGGGAAACGCCAAUGUGCUUGCAGUGGCCCUUGGGAGCACGGUCUACUUGUGGAAUGUUUCCAGUGGCUCCACCUCAGAACUUGUAACUGUAGAGGACGAGAUCGGCCCUGUUACCAGCGUUAGCUGGGCUCACAAUGGAACCGACAUUGCUGUCGGUUUGAACAAUGCUGAAGUGCAGUUAUGGGAUUCUACUGCUAAUGCACUGCUGAGAACUUUGAGAGGAGGCCAUAGAUCCCGCGUCGGGUCACUGGCAUGGAACAAUCACAUACUAACGACUGGAGGAAUGGAUGGCAAGAUUAUUAACAACGAUACGAGGGUAGGAUCCCACAAUGUUGAGACGUUCAAAGGGCACACUGAGGAGGUCUGCGGGCUUAAAUGGUCUGCUUCAGGCCGACAACUGGCUAGCGGAGGGGACGAUAACCGCCUCCUCAUAUGGGACCGUUCCAUGGCUUCAUCAACCCGGUUGCUCCAUAGGCUUGAGGAACACAGAGACGCUGUCAAAGCCCUCGCUUGGUGCCCUUUCCAGGGGAGCCUGCUGGCCUCCGGUGGAGGUGGUGGAGAUCGAUGCAUUAAGUUCUGGAAUAUGGACACUGGGGCUUGUUUGAACUCAGUCGAUACGGGGUCUCAAGUGUGCGCCCUGCUGUGGAACAAGAAUGAGCGUGAGCUGCUCAGCUGUCACGGGUUUCCUCAGAACCAGCUUACACUGUGGAAGUACCCGUCAAUGCUGAGGAUGGUGGAACUGACUGGUCACGACUCUACAGUUCUUGUCAUGGCUCAGAGCCCGGAUAAUUGCGUUGUAGCAUCGGUAGCAGCAGAUGAGACUCUUAGAACUUGGAAUGUGUUUGGGGAUCCUGAACUGGCUGCUAAAGCUGCUCGAAAAGCUAACGCAGAACCUUUAACUCUUUUUAACUGCAUACGCUGAGCAAGUCCUCGAAGAGCCACUAGAAAUCCACCGCUAUCUACAACUUGUAGGCGGAGAUGCUCGUCGGAUAGCAUUUGGUACCCAGAACUUUUUCCUCGCAUCCGCUGAUCAAGUCCUCAAAGAGCUACCAGAAAUCCACCGCUAUCUACAACUCGUAGAUUGAGAUGCUCGUCGGAUAACAAAUUGGUCCUGAAUCUGGAGCUGCAACAAAUCCACCAUCACUCGGGAAUUAAAUUUUGCCGAUGUACAGAUCAUAAUUAUGCUGUAGUCACAUAUUGUGGCUAACCACGUAAAAGAUCUCCUGACAGUUAAUGUAUUCUUGACCAUAAGAAUGCAUAUAUAUCUCUUUUUGCU